UCUCAGAGAAAAAGACAAUUAAAUCAGAACAUAGCAACUUAUACUUCUCAUUUUCCCAAAAGGAUAAAUAAGAAAGGACUUGUGAAGGCCCUGCCUGACGCCCACCGCCAGGCUCCUUUGAACCCCAUGGCUUCACCUCUGCCAUGCCUCUGUUUGCACUCUGACCUUCCUGACAGAGAGGCGGCCUUGCUUUUCUCUGCAUCUCCAAGGCUGGCUCUUCCUUUAGGGGUGGACACCAGUGGAGGCACUGUCUGAAUGGAGUGUCUUUCCAGGUCUGAAAAAGAUUCUGGAAGUGGGGGGCUCCCUGCAGGAUGGUGCUGGGGAGCUCACAGUGACAGCCAACAGCCGCAUGAGCGCCUCCAUUCUCCUCAGCAAGCUCUUCGAUGACCUCAAGUGUGACGCCGAGAGGGAAAACUUCCACCGGCUCUGUGAGAACUACAUCAGGAGCUGGUUUGAGGGCCACGGGCUGGCCGGGAAGCUGCGAGCCAUCCAGACAGUGUCCUGCCUUCUGCAGGGCCCAUGUGAUGCCGGCAAUCGGGCCUUGGAGCUGAGCGGCGUCAUGGAGAGCGUGAUCGCUCUGUGCGCCUCUGAGCAGGAGGAAGAGCAGCUGGUGGCAGUGGAGGCGCUGAUCCACGCAGCCGGCAAAGCCAAGCGGGCCUCCUUCAUCACUGCCAACGGUGUCUCUCUGCUCAAGGACCUCUACAAGUGCAGCGAGAGGGACAGCAUCCGCAUCAGGGCCCUAGUGGGACUCUGUAAGCUCGGAUCAGCUGGAGGGACUGACUUUAGCAUGAAGCAGUUUGCCGAAGGCUCGACUCUCAAACUGGCCAAGCAAUGCCGGAAGUGGCUAUGCAAUGACCAGAUUGACGCAGGCACUCGGCGCUGGGCCGUCGAAGGCCUGGCUUACCUCACCUUUGAUGCCGACGUAAAGGAGGAAUUUGUGGAGGAUGAGGCUGCUCUGAAGGCCCUGUUCCAGCUCAGCAAGUCCGAGGAGAGGCCAGUGCUCUUUGCAGUAGCCUCGGCUCUGGUCAACUGCACCAACAGCUAUGACUAUGAGGAGCCCGACCCCAAGAUGGUGGAGCUGGCCAAGUACGCCAAGCAGCACGUUCCUGAGCAGCACCCUAAGGACAAACCAAGUUUCGUGCGGGCUCGUGUGAAGAAGCUGCUGGCAGCGGGGGUGGUGUCAGCCAUGACGUGUAUGGUGAAGACGGAGAGCCCCGUGCUGACGAACUCGUGUAGGGAGCUGCUCUCCAGGGUCUUCCUGGCUUUGGUGGAAGAAGUGGAGGAUCGAGGCACUGUGGUGGCCCAGGGAGGAGGCAAGGUAAGCUGCUUUCCGACUCCUUCCUGAUCCUGAGCAUCCACCUAUAAUAC